CUUUGACCUGAUCGAGACAAUUGUACAGAACGUGUGGAUUAGUUUACGGGAGCGAUUCGUACAGGCGCGAAGACAAUCAGAUAAAUCACCGUGCGAGAAAGUCGCACGAUUACUGGUCUUCCAGACAUCGCGUCGUGCCGGUUUAGCGGCGCUCGCGUGAUAGCGGCUUAAGGCGCGAAAAUAGAGCCUCCGCAGCUCUCGUGUUGUCGUCGUCGUCGUCGUCGACCGUCGUUGACGGUGCCCGAACGGACGCAGCUACGCGCUUAGUCUGUAACUGGAAGCAUACGCGAGAAGAGCGAAAUCGCGCGGCGCAUUAUCCCGGGAGCUCGGUCUCACACGCGAGAAAAUAAUCCGAGAAAGAACCGCGACACGGUGACGGAGCAGGAAACAGUUCGCCAGAAUUCGUCACGAGACGAGAGGACUGACGAAGCGUUGCGUCGUCUCGCACGCAACGGGCACGUACGGGCAGCGACAGAAGCAGACGAGACGCGGAUGAAUCUGACGGACGACCCGGGUGGAUUAUACGGACGAUGGACCGCGUGUUUGAUUGGACCCUCAUAAUGAGCUUCUUGCGCAAUCCUUUAACGAGACCGGAGCUAUCGAGGUCAUUGCAGGCAUUGAUCGACGGAUCGCGCUUCAAUAUUAAAAGCGCUGCUCCGGAAUCCUAAAUUCAAUGGCCAUUCCAUGAUGCUACCGUCGAAAAGCGCAAAUCGUUCGAACGAACAGCUAAAAUAUUUGACGAAUCUCGACUCGUCGUGCCGGUCCGACGAUCGUCGCAGGAUCUCCGGGAGCGUUCAAGAUUUCACGACUAGAGAAACCUUGUCGGCGCCCGACGCGAGAGAGAAAGAGAGAUAGGGAGAAAUAAAUUGACAAUAUGAAUACGAUGGAUAUGAGAAAAGAUCGCCGAUCGACGAUGGAUAUUUUCGAGAAGGACGUGUCGCGUUCGGACGAGUUACCGAUCGCGGUGAUCCAUAGAUCCGGGGCGGGAAUCGGCGAGCUUUUGGCGAGACAAGCGAUGGCCUGGUGUCGUUACUGGCUGCAAACGUUCCCCAUAAGAAUGACGUUGAACAACGUCGGAUUGUUGACGGUGUUCCUGGCGAUAGUGUCGCCGCGAUCCCUCAUUUACAGACUCGUUUAUCCGAUUUUCAGAUUGGUCUUCGGCACCUUGUACCCGGCGUACGCUUCCUACAAAGCGGUGCGCACGAAAAAUGUCAAGGAAUACGUCAAAUGGAUGAUGUACUGGAUCGUAUUCGCGCUGUUCACAUGCGCGGAAACAUUCACCGACGUCUUCUUUAGUUUUUGGUUCCCGUUUUACUAUGAGAUUAAAAUCAUCCUCGUGCUGUGGCUGCUAAGCCCGGCCACUAAGGGCUCCAGUAUCCUUUACCGGCGCUUCGUGCAUCCCGCGCUAAUCCGCCGUGAAGCCGAGAUCGACGAAGCCCUAGCACGCGCGACCGAGCAGGGUUACACGGCGGUGCUGCAUCUCGGCACCAAGGGCGUGAACUAUGCCACCACGGUCCUCAUGCAGACCGCCAUCAAGGGCGGCGGCGGGCUGGUGCAACAAUUGAGGAAAAGCUACAGCCUCAGUGAUCUAACCGGCGAGAAGGAGGACGAAAAUAGAAACACACCCGAUGCACGUGACGAGACGGACAUGCAAGUGGAACCUCGCCGAAGAGAGCACGCCGGAAGAAGAGGCUACAGUCCACGCAGGACCCAGUCCAGCAGCAAUGCGUCUCGAGUAGAGAUGUAUUUCUCCGAAGUGGAUGUCGAUGUUCGGCAGCCAAGGCCUAGGGAGCCCAUAGCUAGUUUAACAAAUAUAAGGUCCUCGGACGACAUAUCUAGCGGUUACAGUAGCGGCGAGGCGUUGCAGACCCAGCGCACGACUUCUCAGGGUGACCCUUUAGUGAGAACAUCGAGCGUCGGCGCGAGAACACGCUCGAUGAAGCCUCGUUCCACCACGAAGAAGACGCCCGAAGACGGGGGCGAGGAUUUCGACCGCACAUCUCCCGAAAAUGUCUCCCUACCGUCGUCCCUAAACAUCCUCACUCCCGAACAAGCUGUCGAGCUUUUGCUAUUGCUGUCCCAGAGUAAUAAAUCGAUAGACCGACCGACAUCAAUUACCGCUUGUUGUAUCGAUAGCGAUAAAUCCGUAAACGAAAACAGAUCCGUAACGAAAAUAGAAGAUAAUGAAUCGGCGGAAUCGAGCGGCGAGUUCGUUGACACAGGCUCGGCCUGUCGGAUGGACGUGCAAACGGUGCAAACCAUAGAAAUCAGGAAUAUCUCGACGGAAAACUUGUCGAUAGCCACAGUGACGAAAAGCGCAGACAAAAUCAAUAUCGAUAGUUCGGUAAAAGAGUCUGAUUCUCAGCAAAGCGAUUCUAACGCGCAGAUUGAGUAUAUUGACGAUGAGCCGAAAAGUAGCCGAGUGAUAUCAGCUGUUUCCCAAAAGCCCGACGCGGAAGCCGAUCUCGAACGAAUAACCGGCGAGAUUUGCCAGCAGAAAUUCGACGAGCUCAAGCAAUUGUUAGACGACGCGCACAAAGCUGUAACGGGCAUCGUGUCUUCCCAGGAAAGGUUGAACGCGGUCGGCAGAGGUAAGGAAUGCGUAAAUACACGGGAAAUUACGAUCGGCAAUUCGUCGAGCACUCGCGCUCGCGAUAUUGCGGUCCAGCCUCCCGUUGCACCGAGUACGUCGAGUUGCGAUCUCGACGGCGACAGUCGCGCAGGAAAAUAUCACAAAAAGCCCGCUCCGAAAGCCCCGAUAAGUAAAUACGAGGCGACGGGUAACGAAGACAUCGACGAAAACGAGUCUCAAAACGCUCUGAAGGCCACCUUGGUCAUUAAAACUGGUACGUUGAGAACCGUUUCGAACGCGGACACUACGAAAGAUAUAUUUCUAGCGCGUAACCCGGACGCGAAAAAAAGAAAGAAGAAAUCUAACAGGCUACGCGCUAAGGAGGGCUUUACCAAAUUGUUAACAAUCCCGAAGAACAUCUUUCACAGCGCCUUCCACAAGGAGCAAAGCGAAGCCUCCUCCAAGGAGGAAGAUUCCAGCUCCACGUACUCCGAGACCAGCGGAUCCGCGUCGAGAUCGGGUAGUAUCGGGUCCCAGGUGUUCGUAGACGCGACCGCGAAAUUAUCCGUUUCAAAGCAGGAAGUGGACGUGGAGGAGAUCCCACUGAGACCGGAGCGCGAUGACAAUACUGAAAAUUCCGCCAGAGAUAUAAACUCUUUUGCUGAAAAAUUGGAUACUGAGAUUGUGCCUUUGAACGAAGUCGAAAUAGAUCUCAAAAUUGAGAAUAAUAGGAAAGAGGAAGCAAGUGCGAUAAAAGCAGAAAAAUCCGGAAAUCGUGAAAAGAAUGUUGAAAAUGUAUCGAACUUGCAAAUUCGUGAAAUGUCACAGUCGCUGCCUUACGGAGACAAAAAAGAGAUUAUCACCGACAUUAAUUAAAAGCAUUUCGUUAAUGCACAUUUUACAGGGGAAAUUGUUAGCUGUAUUAAAUAAUUAGUAUAUUUGUUUUGUCUUUGAUGUUUUUAAAAUAUGAUAAAAGCUUGUUCCUCCUCUCUCUCUAUCUCACUCCCCAUACAUCAUAUUUAAUCCUAAUUGGAAAUCCGGGCAGAAGAAAUGGACCGUUCCAUUAAGAUCAUAACGAGUUUCGCUACCUUACCUCGCAGUAAGAAGACCAGUAAGAAAAAAGUGGCAUGAAACCUCCCUGCUGCUGACCGCAUUAAGGAGUAAGACCAAGUCCCUUGUAACGAAAGCAAAAGAAAAAAAUAUCUUCAUGCGUGCGGAUGAAAUUUUUGCACGAGCCAAUAACGAGCACACUUUCGGUCAGCAGCAAACAUCGAUUAGCCAAAAAUUGAAAAAAAAACGCGAUAUGUAUACAAUUGAAUGUUUCUAGCACCGGUAUAUUUCUUAAUUCAGCUUUUUGACUAUUGCUUUAACUUGUCAAUCGUUAGUUUCUAUUAGUCUGAAAAGAGAGAGAGAGAGAAAGAGAGAAAAUCCUGUCUUUUCUCUCAAUCGCAAGGAGCUUAUACGGAUAUACGCGAGGGAUUCUGACAGCUUUGUCAUCCUCGAGAAGAAACAUACGGACAAUGUUUAUAUAAUAUAUAUACCGAACUCUACGAUCACGUCGGGUCACGUUGCACCGUUGCAACGUCCGACACGUUGUUACACGACACGAUAAUUUCCCAUAUGUAUCUUAAAGCUCUCGCGAGAGCGUCCAGUCUAGCUUUUAUAUGCUAACGUUUGGUAGUGCUGUCGUAGAUAGGGAGAACUUGAUACAUAUUGCAUGCAGUAUAUCUGCUUACGAAUAGGCUUCGAUUAUAAACGAAACACAAUCGCGGCGUAGUCGAUGAAUAGAGUGGAGAAAAGGAGUCCAAAUCAGGGACUUCGGCGCUUGAUUCCCGACCGUAGGUCCGCGAACCGAUAAGGGCAAUCCUCUACGAGCCAGCGAGCUGCGAAACCGUCACGGAACGACUUUGAUAUUUGCGAAACAUUAUUGUAAUCUAACAAAUCGAAUUCUAGUCAAUCGGGAAAACGAGUAGGAAUUCAGACCAUAUUGAAAUAGUGCCACGCGAUUGUCUUGCAUUGCGUAUAUUAAUCCUCUUUUUCACUACCAAAUAGUAAUUGUUUGAUGGACUGUGUUUAACUACGAUUGCGUAUGCGUAUGUCGCAGAGUAUUGUGUGGACUUAAUCGAGAGAUAGCUGUUCUCCCUCGCACGGAAUCUGAAGUUCGGGAAGUCGCGCGAGUUUUCUCGCGAAGAAAACUCUACGGAUAACGAUCCUGCGUUAAGGACCAACAAUUUGUCUGUCAAUCCGCGGCGAAUUGUUACAUGUUGACGUGCGAGAUCACUUUUUUCAGAUUUUUGCACGCUUGCAAUUCGAAGAUAAGAUAUUAGCGAUAUGUACUUUGAUAGCGAGUUUGUUUUACGACUGGCUAUAAUCUUGACUUUAUAUCAGUUUUAUCGUGCUCCUAAUUUAAUUAGGAUAUAUAUCUUGCUUGUGUAAUCCACGCGAGGAAUUUUUUAAGUAUUUAUCGCGCAUAACUUGAUUUAUAAUUACAUUUAUAUAUUUCGGUACGCGGUAUUCUUUUAUCAGGGCGAACGUUAUUCCGCAUCAUCAUACGCUCACGAAAGACUCACGCGCGCACAAGUACAUUUAAAAUCCAUCGUAUGUGUUAACGGAUUCGUAUAUAGUUUAUCGUGCUGUACUUUAACGUUCUAUUGCAUAUCUUGGGCAAAAUUAACAUAUUGCGUAUAUACAAUUAACACGAAUUUAGAAGUGGGAAAGACGCGAAACACGGUGUUGGGGUUGUACACUCGACGAGUGAAAUAUUCGAUACGUUACACGAUUAACAAUUGUUGAUUUUGCGUGUGUGUAUAGAUUCGACACAAAGUUCAUGAUACGUCGGGGAAGAAAAAUGUAGCAAAUGCUUUUAACACACCUUGCGAUGUAUAAAUUAUGUAUAAAUGAAUUUACGAUAAAGUAACGUAUAUAAAUGCGGUUCUCUAUGCAAAAUAGAUAUUUUUAUCCAAUCCAGACGUGCAGUAUUCGCACGAAAUACGCAUUUGCUGCAUUUUAUCUGCAUUCUUUAUAACACGACUCGUUGAAAGACGUUAAUACGUACUUGUCUCGAACUUUAUAUAUAUAUAUAUAUAUAUUAUAUAUGCGAGAAUAUGUGAUAAGAGAGUGAGUGAAAGAGUAAGAGAAAAUGCUCAACUAUGAAUCUCUACCGGUAUUAACCGCGGUCAGUUUCCUAUAGAUCUUGUAUAAUAAAGAUAUCUCUCGUUCUUUAUACGUAUUCAACGCCUCCGGCGCAUAAAAAUUGUGUCCCGAGCUAUUAUGGUGCUGCGAUCUUUGUAAUUUGUUUUAUAUAGUUCCGUACCGUCGAUACAGUAUACGAGAGAAAGAGGAAUCGAGAGUACGUUUGAAACAAAGUUAUACUCUGUAUUCAAGCUAUUCGGAAAAAAUUCGGAAACCGAUGGAGUACAGAGUGAGAUCGGUUAACAGUAUUUCAGUUCAGGCGUUUAGUGUUAGCGAAUAAAUGACAUUAAAGUACCGAUUACCUGAUGAA